CCUCAUCACAAUCAGACUGAUAGCCGAGGGUCUUCCCUGGACUUCAGCUUUUUCACCUUGGACCCGGCAUUGUGUGCCACGGGGCAGCCUUCCUAGCACAAGCUGUGAUUCCAGGGGCGAGAGAAGAUGUUUAAAUACACCCCGCCGUGGCAGGUCCUCUGUGCCACCCUGGAGCCCAGGGCACAGGGACAGCAAAACGUCUUUCAUGCAGAAGACCUUCAGGUGUAUGAGGAACCCGCGAUUAACCCCACAGGUGAACUGCAGCUCAGAGUCCAGGAAGACGCUUCUGAAGAGUUGACUGAGGAAUCACCCCAGGAAAUGGACAGAGUCACCAGAAACCUGAUCUUCCAUAUCCCUCACACAACUCCUGAAUGCAACACUCACCAAGGCAGCUCGUUUGCAGAACUGAGAGCCGAGAACAGUGAUAACGUGUUUGCUCCCUACAGCCAGGGCAACCAGAAGGCUGAAACUAGCCAUGACUGGAGACCCAGCUAUCUGCCAGAAGACAGAUCUGAAUUAGCAACAAACUCCCUGGCUGCUGAAAGGGAUCUCUGGACUCCACCUCCAGACAGAGAGUCCAAACUAGAGCUCGUGAAGUCGGGGAUGUUAUAUGAUGUCAGGGCUUAUAGAGAGGAGAGGAAGCCAUCCAAGCUGUACUCGGAUGAUGAAGAAGACCUGAAUUACCCACUCACCCAUUUGGACAUCUCUCCCGAGAAAGCAAAAGAGCUCGAAGAGGAGAGGAAGGAGGUCAUCCAAAGCCAGGUGGUGAGGAGAAGCUCCACCGUGGCUGAGAAGCGGAAUUGCAUGGAGGAGCUGGAUUCUCUAAGCACAGGCUCUGCUGGUAGUCAUCAGGCUAAGCAGGGAGGAGGCUAUGCCACUAGCUUUGCCCUUUGCUUUGAUAGCCCUUCCCCAGUGCAAGUGAAGAUGCCCGUCAACUCUGAAAACAUAGACAGGGAGCAGAUCAACUUUGCCGCUGCCCGGCAACAGUUCCUCACGCUGGAAAAGACUAAGCAGCGCUUCCUCUUCAGCCCACGGCAGCAAGUUAUGUCUCCAAAGCCAGAAUCAAUUCAGAACACCUGUGAGGGAGAGUGGCACAGUGCUGAGGCUGUGGUGAAGAUGUUUAUGGACCAUGACGAUGCCAACGCACCCAGCCAGAGAGAGAUCAACGGGUAUGAUGUGGUGUACAAGACACCCAUGGCUGAGGAGCUGUAUGCUCCCAAAACGGCUGGUAUAGAAAGGGAAGAUCCCAAUGGGAGAACAGCCAGCUUGACCAAAGCAUCUUCCAGAGAUGACCUGGACUCCGGCUUGGGUGAAAUGUCCAAUGAGUCCAGCGCAGGUUACAUUAGCGAUGGAAGCAUGUCCAAUGAGGUCUUCGACACUCAGCUGGAUUUCAGAGCCAGCAACCAGGAUCCCGCCAAAGAGCUGAAGGCCACGAAUGAGACGCCCAUUGAACGGGAAAUCCGCUUGGCAAUGGAGAGGGAGGAAAGCCUACGGAAAGAGAGAGGGAUCCAGAGACAGACCAGCAGCAAUGAGCUGGUGGAAAUCCAGACCAAGCCUCUCCUCUCCACAUCUCUAUUUUCCUCCAGGAAAGUGAAAGACAAAGGCCGUGUUUCCUUCUACGUCCAGAAGGAGAUCGAGCAGGAAACCAAGCGGGAAGAAGAUCUGAAGAAAGAAGGGAGGCUACUGGGGAUGUAUGAUAAGGGGACGCAGCAGGAAUUGGGUGAGCGCAAGAAAGUGUUCGAGCAGGAGGAUGCCUUCCCAGCCCCACACAAAACAGCAUUUGCAAAGAAAUCAGAGUAUCUAAUGGGGCCCCUGAAUGGCAAAUUUGCAGUGCAGCAAGCCAUGGAUGGCAGCUUCGGCCCCACGGAGAGCACCACAGAUGGAAAGAGAGUCCCUAACCACAACAUGAAUCUAAUAAGCUUCCAGGUUUAUCAGCCAUAUUCUAUGCUAAACACCAAUAAGGGAAGCAUGGCGGAUGAGCUGCUGUCAUGCAAUCAGCCGUCUGGCAGCUGCAGCAAAUUGGUGGAUGAGGAUUCCUUCGGGGCAAGGUGCCCCAGCACUACAGAGAGGGCAGAUUCCACACCAAAUCCGGAGGAGAGGGUCAGGGUGCCCAAGGAAUACUUUGCCAUUCCGUUCUGGAAACCCAAGAUCUCCUUUGUGACUGACCCGGGGACACACGGCCUGCUCGGAAAGGAAAAGAUGCUGAAGCCAGCGGGCACCCAAGAGGACCAGUACACCCUGAAGAAGUGCAAGCCCCAGACAUCUUGGCUGAUCGAGGAGGAGAUCCGGAAUGCUCUGCAGAGGGAACAGGAGCUGCAGGAACAGCGGAGGCACAGGCUGCUGACUGACAGCUUCUCUCCAGCCCGCAAUGACAGCUCUGCCUGGGAGAAGGGCUUCCAGCCUCAGCUUUCAUCUCAGAGUUCAGCCACCUCAGGCAUCGCUGACAGCUACUGGAUGAUUGAAUCCCCCGUCUCUGUCCCUGCCUCGCACCAGUCAGGGACGCCGGGGUCAGCCUCUCCACCUAAUGUGCCCAGUCCCUAUCAGGGCUACACGGGCAGACACACCUCUGAAACAGCCCAUGACGGUCCCACGGGGCCCCCGUGGGACGAGAAGAAGAAGCUGAAGCUGAAAGAAGACAGGAAGUAUGCGAGCAUUGAAGCAAGCAAUGACGUCAACGCAGAGAUUUUAGAAAGCACCAGAGUGACUCGCCACAAGAAUGCCAUGGCCAAACGCUGGGAAUCAGGACAGUUCUUCAACAAAGAUAAUGCCUGACGAAGCUCUCGCAGCCAAGGGAAGAGCAGUGACCCUGCCAGACUUUGCUUUGUAUUUACAUUUACUCCGCUUUGGAUUCAAUCUCUGCUAAGUACAAAUCAUCCAAUUGUUUCUCCACGUGAUGAUUGUUAAGACUCACGGACUUCUGAAAAUUGCAUACGUUUCAAUCUAAAAAGACUACUGUUAAAAAUUUUAGCUUGUGCUUGUAUCCCCACCCACCAAAGGAAUAUUUUUAAGGUGGCGAAAUGGAUCACUUUAGUUUAAUGUUCUCUGCAAGUAGACACAGGCUAGAUGAAAUGAAACGCGGACUGUAAUUUAACUCCAAGCUGUGUCCCCAUGGCUGGCAAAAGAAGUUAUUUCUGAAGCUGUCUUUAGGUGCUUAGCUACCACGCCAUUAGAACUUCCCUUGAUAGAGAGAUGUCUUUGGAUCUUCACAAGCUUCGAAAUGGGAACCAGAGAAGAAGCUGAUAUGAUCUGCGGAGAUGCAGUGCUAUAUAGAAUAUAUAUAUAAAUGCUGUUGUUUAUUUUGCUAAUAAUUUAUUAAAGAGUCAUACCUCCCCUCA